UCUCUCACGCACGAAGACACACACACAGACUAAACGUGAAUGCAUGGUUGAAUUCAUUUUUUUCGGCAGUAUUUUGGUGUCAAUAUACGUUUUCUCCUCAUUUCAUGGCUUUCUUCAUGUUGCUAUACUCAUCAAACACCAAGCUCCAUUUUUUCUUUCGUCACAUUUAUCUCAUUCUAUGCCACUCUCUCUCUCUCUCUCUCUCACACACACACACACACACUUGCCGUUUUGAUUAUGUGGAAUUUGAUUAUAUUUGGUCUAAACUUCAGUUACUAUGCGGGCGUUAAUUCUCCAUUGAAAUCUCUUCUUUUGUUUUCUUCAUCUUUCUGGUAAGUCAUUAUCCAUCCAAAAAAAAUCAGUCUUUUUCUUUCACCAAACUUCUCAUUAAAAUGAAUUUAAUUUGGAAUUAAUGCUUUGAAACUAGAUUUUUUAUUUUAUUUUAUUUCAUUGAUUUAAUUCGGAGUUUGGGGUGGGAGCUAAAAGUCAAAAGUUUUAAUUUUAUUUACCUUGAUGUUUAAUUAGGUUGAGUUGAUUUUUCUCGUAAAAAAAGUCGUGAUUUUUGCCAAACUGUAUUUAUUUACUUGGAACCCCCCUCUGAAUUAAUGGUCAUUUUUCAGUUGAGAAUUAUUUUAUUUGCCAUGAAAUAAGUGGCAAAAUCUGUUGGCGAGUAUGUGAUUUUUUGGGGAUUUUCAUGACAUUUAAUCACGUGGGAUUUGAUUUCUUGAAUCUGCUAAUGAAAUUAGUUCUAUAUUUGGAGAUUGCUGUUUCUGUUUUGUAUGUAAUAUGAUUGUGUUAAUUGCCCUCUGCAUAUAUUAAUGCUUUUUUGUUGUCUUCCAAAAUCGAUAUACAUAUUAGCUUUAGGAAAGUUGGAGCUGUGAUCAAUCACCAUUGCUGAGCAAGUUCCAUUUUCUUUAUUUUAUUUGUGAAUUCUAGCUUUUAUUUUAAGAGGUAUGCUGCUUAAGGAUCACAAUUCAAGUGUAGGGAUGGAUUACAUAGAGAUGAAGCGACGGAGCAGCUUCACGAGAAGGAUCCUCUUGGUCGUUGUUGUUUCCGCGCUUUUGAUCUUCAUGGUUAAAGGCCCUUCUAGUAUUAGUGGCUCUUCAAAGUUUUCUGAGCACGAGGCAGGCGUCACACAUGUCCUAGUGACGGGGGGUGCAGGCUACAUCGGCUCCCAUGCUGUUCUUCGCCUUCUGAGGGAUUCAUACCGCGUAACCAUUGUGGACAAUCUCUCUCGUGGAAACAUGGGAGCCGUUAGGAUCCUCCAAGGACUCUAUCCGGAGCCGGGGAGACUUCAGUUCAUAUAUGCUGAUCUAGGAGAUGCAGCUGCUGUAGACAAGAUAUUCUCUGAGAAUGCUUUUGAUGCUGUUAUGCAUUUUGCUGCUGUUGCUUAUGUUGGCGAGAGCACCGCUGAACCUCUAAGGUAUUAUCACAAUAUUACAUCAAAUACCUUGUUGGUUGUGAAAGCAAUGGCGGCUCAUGGUGUGAAGACGUUGAUCUACUCGAGCACUUGCGCGACGUAUGGAGAGCCCGACAAGAUGCCCAUCACAGAAACCACCCCACAAGUCCCCAUCAAUCCAUAUGGUAAAGCCAAGAAAAUGGCAGAAGACAUAAUCAUCGACUUCUCUAAGACAACGGACAUGGCUGUCAUGAUCUUGAGGUAUUUCAACGUGAUUGGCUCGGACCCCGAGGGGAGGCUCGGAGAAGCUCCUCGACCAGAGCUACGAGAGCAAGGAAGAAUAUCCGGAGCUUGCUUUGAUGCAGCCAGGGGUAUAAUACCCGGGCUCAAGGUGAGAGGGACUGAUUACAAGACUAGAGAUGGGACUUGCAUACGAGACUACAUCGAUGUGACUGACUUGAUAGACGCGCACGUGAAAGCCUUAGGCCACGCGAGGCCCGGGAGAGUCGGGAUCUACAACGUUGGAACAGGAAAAGGUAGUUCAGUAAACGAAUUCGUGGAGGCUUGUAAGAGGGCGACUGGGGCGAACAUAAAGGUGGAUUACCUGAGCCGGCGGCCAGGGGAUUACGCUGAAGUUUACAGUGAUCCUUCGAAGAUUCUCAGGGAGCUCAACUGGACGGCUAAGUACACGAACCUGCAGCAGAGUUUGAGCGUUGCUUGGAGAUGGCAGAAGGCGCAUCUCAACGGUUAUGAUGAUUGAUCGUCGUGCUCUUCAAAAUCGCGGUUUUUUUGCUGUAAGAUUAGUGGCUUGGCACCAUGCUUAUGACAAUAAGAAAAUGUGAGUUGAGGAAUGUGUAAAAUGUGUAGUAAGAUAUGACAGAAGGUAUUGAUAUAGGUGAUGUGAAAUGAGACUGUUUAUACUGAUUUUGGAGAGUGUAGGCAAAAAUGGUUAGUGUCUAACUGCAUAUGGCCUAAGAGCAGUUUAUUAGUGAGCCAAGAUUUGAUAGAGCAGAACCGAGCCCAAUAUUGUCAUGCUCAAGUUUGGUUCGUUUAUAAUCGAGACGAGUCUCGAGCUUUAUUGACUCGAGCUUGAUUUAUUGAA